UGUGAGUCCUUCAGUAUUAGGCAAGCAGAGGGCAGGAGAGUUCAUGCUAACAGGACAUGGACAGUGAGGGGCAGGUGUCAGAGAAACCCCCUGCUGCUGCCACUGGUGAGCAGAUCCUAAAGGAUUUCCAGGUUCUGAUAGAGAAGGUUGGGGGGAAGCCAGAGGUGCUGCUGGUUGGAGAGUCUCAGGAGGCAAAAGACACUCGGGCUCUGAUGACGGCUUUUGUCCAAGAAUUGUUCCCGGAUGCUUGCAAACCAGGGAUCAGUCCGGCAAUAGCUGUGACCCAGACACAGCCAGGGGCCAAGCCUGGUGCUAGCAACAGUCGACCCCAACUCAUCUUCUUCCUGUGCCGAGCUUCCUCCCUGCGGGGCAAGCAGGCCGAGAUCCAGAAGAUCUUGAAGGAAGUGAAGAAGUUUAGCCGCAGAGCCCCAGCUGCUCUGGUGGGAGUCAUCGUGCAGCCCAAGAAGGAAGAGGAGACAGAGGCCCGGAAGCUGAUGGAGAGCAUGCUCCAGGGUGCCUUCCCUAGACAGCCACGUAAACGAGACAAGCGGGGUAGGAAGCAGGGCCAGGCGCUGGAGCUGGAGGAGGUGGAGGUGGAGGUGGAAGUCUUCAUUCCAGGCCGGCCACGGGGGAAACUGGCCAUCAUGAAAGCCGCCUGCCGAGCUUCCGAGGCCCUGCAGCAGCGCACGUCUGCAGGUGUGAAGCAGGAUGAAGACGCUGUUUGGGUUUCACGAGCCACCCUCUUCAAAGUCCUGGGGGCGCUCUGUGUGGCGUGCGCUGGUGUUAUUGGAAGCCAGUACAUAAACAUUCGCACCUGAGACUGGGUCCCAUUGGGCCGGCUUCCUGCCCACAGAUCCUCUGUCCACCUGGAUCUCACCUGUCAUCCAAAAUAAAAAACAUCAGCACCUGUUA